CAAGUCGGUGGGACGUGGUUUGGCGGGACAGUGACUGCUGCGAGGACUCUCCUCUGCGGCACCAGCAUUAAUUUUUAAUUCAUUUUCAUAUAUAUUCUUGAUCAUGAUCAAUAGGCCAGUUGAUGUGGCCAAGCAAUUCUAUUUGGAUUUUCAGUGCCGACCAGUUGCGGUCCCACUAAAGUGGAAAUUUGAUUUAAUUUUUGGGGAUUUCAUGGAAAAUCUCUACUUAUUUCUAUUUCCACGUUACUUAGGCCAAUAGCCAGCGGAAAAUGGUCUACGUGAAUCUAAUAAUAGGCUUGGGCCUGGUGUCCGUUGCCGCUUUCGCCUAUUUCAAUUGGCAUAACGACCGCAGUUCGCCUUACUCCAGGUCGCCGAAUGGCAGGUGCACCUUUUGCCAGUAUGAACUGAGUGAUGACGACCGGCGCCGCAUGAGGUGUGGACAUGCCAUGCACAAUCUCUGCUACUUGGUGUUUCGCUAUUCCCAUAGAAAGUGCCUCGAGUGCGAUAAGGUGGUUAAUGUCAAUAUAGCCGGUGACUUGUGCACGAUUUGUUUAGAUCCCCUAAGUGUUUACACCAUGGUGUAUCUGCGCUGCAGCCACGCCUUGCAUGAGAAGUGCCUCCACCAGUACCAGGCUAAUGGUGGCCGCCACUGUCCGGUCUGCAGAAUGGGAAUUAAGGAGUAGGUAUCACCUAGUGAUCAUGCAGCCAGGCAAAGCCAUAUAUCAGCAUAAGCGUGCACUUAAUGCAAGGCUCAACGAAUUUUAUAUAUAACAUUAAGUCGAGAGCAAAGAAGUCUGAUUAAGAUUUUAGUUCUGAAACGAAUAAAAGUUAGAUUUCUUAAAAG